CGCGCAGUCUGGGAGUACGACCAACCUAGUGCACCCCAGAAUUUCACGUGCGUCAGAAGCAGCGGCCUUUCUCCGGUAACCUCCCGCGUCCGAAGCAGCGGCCUUUCUCCGGUAACCUCCCGCGUCCGAAGCAGCGGCCUUUCUCCGGUAACCUCCCGCGUCCGAAGCAGCGGCCUUUCUCCGGUACUCCGAGCACUAUGUCGUCCCCAGCGUCUACGCCGAGCAGCCGAGGUAGCCGGCGCAGUAGGGCCAUGCCGGUGCAGACACCUCGAAGUGAGGAUGCCAGGUCAUCUCCAUCUCAGAGACGUACGGGUGAGGAUUCUACCUCUACUGGAGAGCUGCAGCCGAUGCCGACCUCGCCUGGAGUUGACCUACAGACAUCUGCAGCGCAGAACACAUUAUUUUCCAGCCCUCCUCAGAUACAUUCAACUAUUCCUCUUGACUUUGACGUUAGUUCACCACUGACAUAUGGCACUCCCAGCUCUCGCGUAGAGGGAACCCCAAGGAGUUGUGUUAGGGGCACACCUGUGAGGCAAAGGCCUGACCUAGGGUCUGCGCGGAAGGGCCUGCAGGUGGAUUUGCAGUCUGAAGAGCCAGCAGCAGAAGAUAUAGGGGCGAGUGAGCAGUCUUCAGGCCAGAAACUUGUGAUUUGGGGAACAGAUGUAAAUGUGACAACAUGCAAAGAAAAUUUUCAGAAAUUUCUUCAGCGUUUUAUUGAUCCUCUGGCUAAAGAAGAAGAAAAUGUUGGCAUAGAUAUUACUGAACCUCUAUACAUGCAACGACUUGGGGAGAUUAAUGUUAUUGGGGAGCCAUUUUUAAAUGUAAACUGUGAACACAUAAAAUCAUUUGACAAAAAUCUAUACAGACAGCUCAUCUGCUACCCACAGGAGGUUAUUCCAACUUUUGACAUGGCUGUCAAUGAGAUCUUCUUUGACCGUUACCCUGACUCAAUCUUAGAACACCAGAUUCAAGUAAGACCAUUCAAUGCAUUGAAGACUAAGAAUAUGAGAAACCUGAAUCCAGAAGACAUUGAUCAACUCAUCGCCAUCAGUGGCAUGGUAAUCAGGACAUCCCAGCUGAUUCCAGAAAUGCAGGAGGCCUUCUUCCAGUGCCAGGUGUGCGCCUACACAGUGCGGGUAGAGAUGGACCGCGGCCGCAUUGCUGAACCCUGCGUGUGCGAGCGCUGCCACACCACCCAUAGCAUGGCACUGAUCCACAACCGCUCUGUGUUUUCCGACAAGCAGAUGAUCAAACUUCAAGAGUCUCCUGAAGAUAUGCCCGCUGGUCAGACGCCUCACACUGUCAUCCUUUUUGCUCACAAUGAUCUUGUUGACAAGGUUCAACCUGGGGACAGAGUAAAUGUUACUGGCAUCUAUCGAGCUGUGCCUAUUCGAGUCAACCCAAGAGUGAGUAAUGUCAAGUCUGUCUACAAAACCCACAUUGAUGUCAUUCAUUAUCGAAAAACUGAUGCAAAACGUCUUCAUGGCCUUGAUGAAGAAGCAGAACAGAAACUUUUUUCAGAGAAGCAUGUGGAAUUGCUUAAAGAACUUUCCAGAAAACCAGACAUUUAUGAGAGACUUGCAUCAGCCUUGGCUCCAAGCAUUUAUGAACACGAAGAUAUAAAGAAGGGAAUCUUGCUUCAACUCUUUGGCGGAACAAGAAAGGAUUUUAGUCACACAGGACGGGGCAAAUUUCGUGCUGAGAUCAACAUUCUGCUGUGCGGUGACCCUGGGACCAGCAAGUCCCAGCUGCUGCAGUAUGUGUACAAUCUGGUCCCCAGGGGGCAGUACACAUCCGGGAAGGGCUCCAGUGCUGUUGGCCUCACUGCAUAUGUAAUGAAAGACCCUGAAACGAGGCAGCUUGUCCUGCAGACUGGUGCCCUUGUCCUCAGUGACAAUGGUAUCUGCUGUAUUGAUGAGUUUGACAAGAUGAACGAAAGUACAAGAUCAGUACUGCAUGAAGUCAUGGAGCAGCAGACUCUUUCCAUUGCAAAGGCUGGGAUUAUUUGUCAACUCAAUGCACGCACCUCUAUCUUGGCAGCAGCGAAUCCCAUCGAGUCUCAAUGGAAUCCUAAAAAAACUACUAUUGAAAAUAUCCAGCUGCCUCACACAUUAUUAUCAAGGUUUGAUUUGAUCUUCCUCAUGCUGGACCCUCAGGACGAAGCCUACGACAGGCGUCUGGCUCACCACCUCGUCGCUCUAUACUACCAGAGUGAGGAGCAAGUGGAGGAGGAGUUCAUGGACAUGGCAGUCCUAAAGGACUACAUUGCUUAUGCACACAGCAUGGUCAUGCCCCGGCUGAGCCAGGAAGCCAGCCAAGCUCUCAUUGAGGCUUAUGUAGACAUGAGGAAGAUUGGUAGUAGCCGAGGAAUGGUUUCUGCAUACCCGCGACAGCUGGAGUCUUUGAUUCGCUUAGCAGAAGCCCACGCUAAAGUACGAUUUUCAAACAAAGUUGAAGCAGUUGAUGUUGAAGAGGCAAAACGCCUGCAUCGGGAGGCUCUGAAGCAGUCUGCCACUGACCCCAGGACAGGCAUCGUGGACAUAUCUAUUCUUACUACAGGAAUGAGUGCCACCUCUCGUAAACGGAAAGAAGAGUUAGCUGAAGCGCUGAAAAAACUUAUUUUAUCUAAAGGCAAAACACCAGCUCUAAAAUACCAGCAACUUUUUGAAGAUAUUCGAGGACAAUCUGACAUAGCAAUUACCAAAGAUAUGUUUGAAGAAGCAUUGCAUGCCUUGGCUGAUGAUGACUUCUUGACAGUAACUGGAAAAACUGUUCGUUUGCUCUAAAGUUCUUGUGAGCCGUGCUGUAUUCUGCUUGACUGCACUUGCUUUCAUACAUGUAUGGCAUAUGGGCCACGAAGCAACCACCGUUGACACUACUGGAAAUAGAUUCUUAAAGUUAUUAUUUGGUUUCAUAAAACUUUUCUAAUGUUGGUUCAAUUUUUAUAGUGAAGUGUGUGUUUUCAGUUUUUGAAACAUUUUAAGUAAAAAUGCUAUGCCAACUUACAAAUACACAGUAGAUAAUAUUUUCUUGAAGCACCUUUUCUUUAGCACCAAGACUUUAAUCUGUGUUUAUAUGCAGAUAGCACAUAUCAUUCUUUUUUGAAGAUGGAAGUCUGGGCUGUGCUUUUUGUGCUAGACAUUCUAAUGGCAAUCAUAUGCUUGAGGUUUUGUAACAUGAGGUAAGACUUAGUCAGGGCAUACCAUUCAGAGUGAGGUAAUGAAAGACCAGAGCCUUUCUCCCUGUUACAACUCUCAAGUGUAAUUACUUCUAAAGGCUUGUUCUCAUGGCUACUAUAAGAUCAAAAAUAGAUGGUCGGAAAGGGUUAGGUUCUAGAUUAACUUUUUAUCACUUUAUCUCUAAUAUGUAAAACUUUUUCUUAAAUAAAUAAUAGACUAAGUAA